GGGAGGGGGUGUGGGUAGGUGGGGGGCACAUUAGCUUCUUGGACAAGUCUUUCUGCACCACUGUCAGGUAGUCGAGAAUUUGUUUGUCCAAAGCACUAGCAGACAUGGACAUGGCAGACUACAGCGAGGCUCUGGACCCAGCCUACACCACGCUGGAGUUCGAAAACAUGCAAGUGCUUGCCAUGGGUGCAGACUCCUCACCAGCUGAGAGUGCUAGCAUGAAUGCUGCCAACCACCUCGGGGCAAGUACCCUGUGUGCCAUCUGUGGGGACAGAGCCACUGGAAAACACUAUGGCGCUUCUAGCUGCGAUGGCUGCAAGGGCUUCUUCAGACGUAGUGUCCGCAAAAACCACAUGUACUCAUGCAGGUUCAACAGACAAUGUAUUGUGGACAAAGACAAGCGAAAUCAAUGCAGAUACUGUCGACUGAAGAAGUGUUUCAGAGCUGGAAUGAAGAAAGAAGCUGUGCAGAAUGAAAGAGACAGAAUCAGCACCAGGAGAUCCAGCUACGAAGACAGCAGUUUACCGUCCAUUAAUGCACUCAUCCAGGCCGACGUACUGUCGCGACAGAUCACCUCUCCUGGCCCCAUACUUAACGGUGACAUCAGGACCAAAAAAAUCGCCGCUAUCACAGACAUAUGUGAGUCUAUGAAGCAGCAGCUGUUGGUAUUGGUGGAAUGGGCCAAAUACAUUCCUGCCUUCUGCGAUCUGCCCCUGGAUGACCAGGUGGCGUUGCUGCGGGCCCAUGCCGGAGAACACCUCCUGCUUGGUGUUGCCAAGAGGUCUAUGCUGUACAAAGAUCUCCUUUUAUUAGGAAAUGAUCACAUCAUUCCCCGAAACUGUCCAGAGUUGGAGGUGAGCAGGGUAGCAGUGAGAAUCCUGGAUGAAUUAGUGCUCCCCUUCCACGAUCUUCAGAUAGACGACAAUGAAUACGCUUGCCUGAAAGCCAUAGUUUUCUUUGACCCAGAUGCAAAAGGUCUGAGCGACCCAGGAAAGAUUAAACGGAUGCGGUACCAGAUCCAGGUCAGCCUGGAGGACUACAUCAACGACAGGCAGUAUGACUCCCGGGGGCGCUUUGGAGAGUUGCUCCUUCUGCUUCCAACGCUACAGAGUAUCACCUGGCAGAUGAUUGAACAGAUCCAGUUUGUUAAGCUCUUUGGCAUGGCCAAGAUUGACAACCUACUGCAGGAGAUGCUCCUCGGAGGUUCGGCAAACGAGGCCCCACAUGCGCCUCACUCUCUGCACCCUCACCUGGUUCAGGAGCACCUCAGUAGCAAUGUCAUAGUGGCCGGCAACAUGCCAACACCAAUCCACAAUGGUCAAAUCUCCACUCCGGAAACCCCAAUCCCCUCUCCACCUACAGCAUCCAGCUCAGAACAUUAUAAAAUGGCCCAAGGGGUCAUAGCCACAGUGCCUAAGCAGCCAACCUCCAUUCCACAGCCAACCAUUACUAAGCAAGAGGCUAUUUAACAACCCACCUUAGCUCUCUAUCUCAGCAUUCAAUUUUCUGAAGCUAUGGCCUUGACUGAAAAAUAAAUAAAUUUAAAAAAAAAUAUAUAUAUAUAUAACUCAGUAUCUAAAUUCUAUCUACAACUUCAUUUCUUGCAUAUUGAUUUUUUUUUAAACUCUGCAGGGGUCUCAGGUGAACUCAAAUGCAGCAAUUUAAGUUUGAUGUCUAAAAGACAGCUCCUGUAGAGGAAAAUGUAUGCAUUACAAGUUCAUUGUCGGAUGAAAAUCCAAAAUUUAAAGCAAUCCUUACAGGUGUUUUUUUUUUCUGUAAGAGCAAUAUAAAAAAGAAUAUUGAGGACAGCUUAUCAUGCUGUCAUAACAAUUAUGUACACCAUCACUCAGUGAGUUCUUCAUUGCCUUAACAUGUAGAUAAGUUGUACAACGCAAAAUGCUGUAAUGCUUCCUACUAGAUAAGGUGACUCAAUCAUGUUAAUAUUGUAUGAAUGUUACAUCAGGCCGUGUAUUAUUAUGUAUUUGGAGUUGCACGUUUUUUAUGUUCAUUGGUGUUGAAAUUAUUUCAUAUGGUUAGGACCUUCAGCAAGUCAAAUGCGACAUUUUCAUGUUCAAAAUUAAUGUCAUUGGAAAAAGCUAACAGGUAAUCACUGAGAAAAUUCAGCUUUUUAAGCUGCCCACUGAAUAUGCUGUGUGUCAACAUUAAGAUAUCCAUGGUUUAUUUCAUGAACUGAAAAAAAACAACAUUUACUGUACUUAUGUAACAUUCUAUUUGUUCAAAUUUACAACGAGAUAUCUUGGUGCAUCAACACCUUUUGGUGUUCUUUUUAAUGCCACUCAUAGACAGUGACACAUUUAGGAAUUCACGUCCCUUAUUCAAAUAGUUAAACGAAUUGUAUUGGUUUUUAGAAAUGUGUAUUUUUCUGUUUUACACUUAGUAUUUUACCAUGGUUUAGUUAACAGAAUAACCUGUACCUUGAAACCUUUACUGCCUUACAAAAGAUAGGUAAUAUCUCACCUUACAAUGUGAAGAUGAAUAAAUAAAACCUCAAGGUUUAUUUUUACAUGGAAUUGUGCUGGUGUGACUAUACCUUAUCAAAAGGAAUCUUUCUUCUUUUUUUUUGUUUUUGAACAUGCACCUCCCAGGGAUAACAACUAAUGAUGUUAACGACUUGCAAUAAAUCGGAGGUUUUGUCAUGUACAGUGAGGAUCCAACGUGGCAGCACUGCCUGGUCAAUGAUACUUCAAGACUAUGUUGCUUCAGACUGAUUAACUGCCAUAAAGUCAUUAUAGAAAGCUGUGAUUGUAAGACAGGAGAAGAGAGGAG